GUUGGAAAACCAAAACCACAACUUUCCAUUCUUAGAUCGAGAAUGGAUUUGUUGUGAACGAGUGGGUUGGUUUAUCACGUUUCCAUUUGAGAGUUGUGUAAACGGUUUCCAAGUUGAAGAGGUCGAUAUUUGACUAUGUCCCAAGGCUCCACGUUAACUGGAGAACAACAAGUCGAAAAUAAUCCUAACCUAGGUGAUUCUAUGGAUGGAGGAAAUAGUAAAGUAGCCUCGGCUGAGCCUCUUCCACCUCCUCCUAGACGUGGAAGUAGUGGUUUUCCUAGAAGAGGUUCAAGUAGGUUUCGUUCUCGAGGCCAAAGAGGACCUUUUACCUCUUCCCAUUUUCGAAUGGCGCAACAACUUGUAACAACUGGAAAACACGGACAAUAUAUUCAAAGUUUAGGUCGUCGACAACAUAGAGACUGGGAUGAGUCUUUUGAAGGAGGGUCUCGCGUCGCUGGUUCAAGGGAGCAAUACCCAUUUCACGACCCCUUUUAUAAGAAAAGGAGAAAGAGCUCCAGAGAUUCACACUGGUCUUCUGAUGAAGAGACGGAACCCUUGUCUUUCAAAGAGUUUUUGUCUCGUGAAGACAAUUCGAUUACUCCGGAACAAGCGCAAGAAGCAUAUAAAAAGUAUAAGAAGGAAUUCUACAAAAGGAAGCCCAAAUAUUUUUUUGAGAAACAUAUGAACGAAGAAUGGUUUUGUGAAAAGUACCAUCCCAGUAAAGUCCUGGAACGUGUCAACAGAAUUAGACAAAGUUGCAAGGAACAAGUUGAACGGUUUAAAGAAAUGUUAGGGAAAGAAUCUAUUGACACGCUUGCUCCUUCUUUGGAAGCCAAACAAGAAGUUGUUGAAACAACGAAUGUGGAUGGAAACGAUAAUGGAAAAGUACAACACAAGGAUGAAGAGGAAAUGAAAGAAGAAGAAGAAGAAGAUAAUGACGAUGAUGAUGAUACUUUUAAAGAACAACAAAUUAUUCAUUCCAAUAAUAUGAAUAUGGAAUCAGAAGGAAUAUCGACAACCGAUUCAGAGCCUUCUUGUUGUGUUUUCCUUCGUGGAAUACCUUGUUGGAUGAGUCGCCAGUUAUUAGAGAAUACUUUGAAAUAUGUCAAGAAGGAGGAUAAGUGGGAACCCAUACAAUUAUUGCGUUUAAAGCUUAGUGAAGUAAAACCAGAAAAGAAUUUGGAACGUUUUGGUUGGGCAUAUUAUGAAAGUGUGGAUGAAGCCUCAAGGGUAAUGGAAUACUGGAAUGGACAAAAGUUAUGGAAACCAAAUCAAGAACAAGAAGACAAGUCAGAAGAUAAUUGUUAUGUGUUGGAUAUGCGCUUCAAUCACGAGCCUCGUAAGAAGUAUGACAAGCGUCGUAAUACUCCAGUCAUAUUGCCAGAAUUAUUUCAAUCUGCUCGUCGUUUGGAACAUGAUGCCAAACAAAUAGUUUUCGUUAUGAGACAUUUAGAUUAUCUUCGUGAUAUCUCGCAACUCAAUCCAUUGACAGAUGAAAUGUUGAAUGGCUUAUCUACUGAAAGAAGAAUUGAUGUUUGUUCCUUUUAUUUGAGGUUUGUUCACGGCUAUUGUUAUUAUUCAGGAGUAGAAUGUGUAGAUCCCGAUGAUGAUCCAUUACCACCUGCACCAUUGAGACCUCCUAAGAAGGACAAUAAUAUGUCAGAAUAUCAAAAGGGAGGAGAUGUGUUGGAAUCGAAUCGUAAGACAGGAGCUGAAUGGCGAGUAGAUGAACCUGUGAAUGCUAUUCUACAACGAAAUUAUGAUCAUCCUAAAGGAACUGUUUCUAUUGAUAGUGAGUCACUUCGGGAAGAGAGAAUUGCAGAGUGGUUGGAAGAAAAUACCAAAUAUGAAGGUCAAGGCCGUUAUCGUUGUUCACUUCCACCUUUUAAACUUUUUCAAGGAAAGGAAUACGUACAUAAACAUUUGAGAACGAAACAUACCGAAGAAAUGCAAAAAGUAAUAGAAAAGGCAGAUAAGGAACAAUUUAUCGAAAAUUAUCUCAAUGAUCCCAACCAUUUGGACGAUAGCAAAGUAUUUGAUAUUCGAAUGGGCAGAAAUAUGUCUUCAGGUUAUAUGCCUGUAUUACUACCUUCUGGAAUGGUAGCACCAAUGCAGUUUGUUCCUGGCUCGUUUCAUACAGUGCGUGGCUCCCAUCUUUAUCGUGGAAUGAAAAGAAGAGGUAGAAGAAGAGUUGGAGGUUUAAGGAAUUCUGGAAUGGGACACUCAGAUCCUCGAGCAGCACAAGGUCCUCGUCAUUAUGCAGACUUGGAUGCUCCUCCACAAGGUGGUCCUUCAGUAGAUACUUUGUUAUCCGAACUUCCUGAUAUGGAUAGUUUGUAAUAGAUGAUGAACGAUUAGAAUUGCCUAUUCCCAAUUAAAAAAAAAGAAAGAUUCGUGUUGAACA